GCUAAGUUACCGAAUGUGGAAUGCAUCAAACGAACUAUUAGGCGGCAACGACAACUUCAAGGGAACUAUCCUGCAAAUCCAAAUUCACUGCGAGAAUUGAACAUUCCAGAUGACAUGCGUCUUAUAUGUGUGAAUGGUCAGCAAGAACCAUUUCUUUUGUUCGACAAUGGGCCAGACACUGAACACCGAAUAUUAAUCUUCAGUACCCAACGAAAUUUGGAACUACUGGAAAGAUGUGAACAUUGGUAUGCAGAUGGUACCUUCAAAACCACGCCACCGCUCUUUACCCAAGUGUAUACGAUACACGGUGUGAGAUUUAAUACUUGUAUACCAUCAGUUUUCGUCUUACUGCCUGGUAAAAGUAAAGUUCUUUAUCAAGAGAUGAUACAAGCACUAAAAGGACUUAGACCAAAUUUAAAACCGUCUACCAUAAUGAUAGACUUUGAACGUGCUGCAAUUGAAGCGUUCCAAACGGAGUUCCCAGAAAUAUUGGUUAGAGGGUGCUUCUUCCACUUGGGUCAGUGUAUAUGGAGGAAGGUACAAGAACACGGGAAAGCAGUACGUUACGCGAAUGAUGUUGAAUUUGCUGUUCAAGUUAAGAUGUUAACUGCAAUAUCGUUUUUACCUUUACAUGAUGUGGUUUUGGGAUUCGAAGAACUCAUGGACACAGAAUAUUACAGAAACGAAAUCGACCUCCACCCUAUAUGCGACUACUUUGAAGAUGUCUGGAUUGGACGCCCACAUAGAAAUAUCCGUAGACCGCCGUUAUUUCAAUAUAAUUUAUGGAAUUUCUAUGACGCUACAAACAAUGACCUUCCGAGAACUAACAACUCUGUUGAAGGUUGGCAUCGUCGUUUUACAGAACUCAUAUCUGCUCAGCAUCCAAGUAUCUGGAGGUUUAUUGCUGCAAUAAAGGAAGAGCAACAUAUGAAUGAAAUCGCCAUUUCCCACUAUAUCCAAGGACGAGACGGACCUCGACAGAAAAAAAAAUAUCGAGAUUUAAAUAUUAGAAUUAAAAAUUGUGUAGCAAGGUACGACGCCAAUGAAAAGUUUUUGUAUCCAUCAAAGAAGAUAGAGAAAAAGGAAAAGUUUGUAUAAUAACAUUCUAACAAUGGCAAAGACGGGCAAUUAGUUUACGCGGGCUAUUUUUACGGCGGCCAAAUGACCAAGGGGAA